UCUUCCCACUCUCGCACACUCCUCUUCUAUAGAGAGAGAAACAAGAGAUCUGAUUCCAAUCAAGAGAGAGAGAGAGAGAGAGGAGACAACAUUUCCAUUCCAUUCUCCCUUUGACACACACUGACCCUGUCUUUUUCUCUCUCUAACUAACACAUACAAAUCUGUAUCUAUACAUCUAUAUCUAUAUCUAUCUACAUCUAUUCAUUCAAAUUCACUGUUCACAUCAGCUACAGUGUAUGUACUUUACCGAAACCCUAACUAAACAACUAAUUUCAUUCCGAGCCGAUUAAUGCGUGAAUAACUUCAGAUCCAAUGGAAGACACGCCGGAGAUGCUAGAGUACAGCAAUGUACGGCCGCCGGUAUCCGAAACGACGCCUUUGACUGUUUCAGGAUCCUUUAAGGAAAGUGCUAGGGUAUCAGGUCGUAGAAGGAAUUCAAGGAGACCUAGUUUAGAUACUGAUGAGUUUAUGAAUCUUCUCCACGGGUCGGAUCCGGUUAAAGUGGAGCUUAAUCGUUUAGAAAAUGAAGUUAGAGAUAAGGAUAGGGAGCUGAAUGAAGCUCAAGCUGAGAUCAAGGCUCUCAGGCUGUCAGAACGUCUCCGUGAGAAAGCUGUUGAAGAGCUAACUGAAGAGUUGUCAAAGGUCGAUGAGAAGCUGAAGUUGACGGAAUCUCUUCUAGAUGCCAAAACUCUUGAAAUUAAGAAAAUCAAUGAUGAGAAGAAAGCAUCUAUGGCUGCCCAGUUUGCAGCAGAAGCCACUCUUAGAAGGGUUCAUGCUGCUCAAAAGGAUGAUGACAUGCCCCCUAUUGAAGCAAUUCUUGCACCAUUAGAAGCUGAGUUGAAGAUUGCUCGACAAGAGAUUGCUAAGCUACAGGAUGACAAUAAAGCAUUGGACCGACUGACGAAAUCAAAAGAGGCUGCUCUACUUGAAGCUGAGAGAACUGUACAGGUAGCCUUGGCGAAGGCUUCAAUGGUGGAUGAUCUUCAGAAUAAGAAUCAAGAAUUGAUGAAGCAGAUUGAAAUUUGCCAGGAGGAAAACAAAAUUUUGGAUAAAAUGCAUCGUCAAAAAGUGGCUGAAGUUGAAAAACUUACACAAACAGUACGCGAGCUUGAAGAGGCUGUUCUUGCUGGUGGUGCUGCUGCAAAUGCUGUGAGGGAUUAUCAGCGAAAAGUUCAAGAGAUGAAUGAGGAACGAAAAACUCUGGAUCGAGAGCUAGCUCGUGCAAAAGUUACAGCAAAUAGAGUAGCAACAGUAGUAGCUAAUGAAUGGAAAGAUUCUAAUGACAAAGUGAUGCCCGUAAAACAAUGGCUUGAAGAAAGAAGGUUCUUGCAGGGAGAAAUGCAACAACUGCGGGACAAAUUAGCUAUAACCGAGCGUGCGGCAAAGUCUGAAGCACAAUUGAAAGAAAAAUUUCAACUGCGACUCAGAGUACUGGAAGACACUUUGAGAUCACCGAACUCUUUUGCUCGUAGCUCAGCAGAUGGAAAAAGCAUGAGCAAUGGGCCUUCACGUCGCCAGUCCUUGGGUGGAGGUGAUAACUUCUCGAAGAUGGCUUCAAAUGGAAUAUUACCGAAAAGAUCACCAUCUUUCCAAAUGAGAUCAACACUUUCAUCUGGUUCCAGUUCAAUUCUGAGGCAUGCAAAGGGUACAUCAAAGUCAUUUGAUGGGGGUUCACGGGCACUUGACAGGAGUAAGUUUACUUCAAAUGGAAGUGGCAGUCCUACUUUUAAUCUUGGCCAAUCAUGCGAGGGAACCAAAGAUAUCGAGAUAGGAAAUUUGGAUGAGAAACCUAGUGGCUCGUCAGGAACCGAAAUCGAGGAUACUGUGCCGGGACUGUUGUAUGAUUUGCUUCAGAAAGAGGUGGUUGCUUUGAGAAAAUCUGGUCAUGAAAAGGAUCAAAGCAUAAAAGACAAGGAUGAUGCAAUUGAAAUGUUAGCUAAGAAAGUAGACACUUUAACCAAAGCUAUGGAGGUUGAAGCCAAAAAGAUGAGAAGGGAGGUGGCUGCAAUGGAGAAGGAGGUAGCUGCUAUGCGGGUCGACAAAGAACAGGAUUCCAGGGCUAAACGCUUUGCAAACUCCAAAGGUCCUGUAAACAGCUCUCAGCUACUUCCAGCCAGGUAGAAUGUGGCAAGGGGCGGGUUGACGCGAAGCACCCAAUAACAUGAAAAAGAGAAUGUGUACUGGGUCUGUCCUCGUUUUAAUAUUUUCAAAAACUAGGAUACUGAUACUAUAUGUCAUGGAAGUAGUAGCAUAAAGAUGGAAAACAAGAGUUGGAGAAAAGGGUAUGCUGUGUUGGUAUUCUUUCUGACUAUUUGGUAGAGAAGAAACGAGCGGAAGGAUGUUGAGGCCGAGCUAACCAUUGUGUGGCUGUAUAGGUAGCUUUGUUGGUGUUUUCUUACUUUUGGUUCUUAUAGUUUGUAGUGUGAUUGUCGGUUGUUUGGCAAUAUAGCUGUAAUCAGCUGGAAGAAGUUGGAGUUAGUAGCGAUUAUGCGAGAACAGUUUUCUGAUUAGCAAUAGUUGUGGUCUUUGCAAAAUGAAAUAUUAGAUUGGUCAAUGUUUUGCUUGUUUUGUGUAAGGUAAUAUCAGAUUAUCAUUGCUGCUA